UCUGCCUUUGAGGUCAUUUGAGUCAUUCUCAAAGGAUGGCUUGGUGAGGAAACCCACACGUAGUUCUUUGCCUACCCUGGGGGACUGGUCUUUGUCUGUGGCAGAUAGGAUUGGUGGCCAGGAUUUUUCAUCGUCCACUGAUCUUGCGUUUUUGUGAUGAGACGAGAAACCAAAGAAAGAGGCUGCCUGGAGAGGAAGGAAGGCUGCAGCAAGACUGUCUGAGAACCUGCAGAACUCUGCAGCAUCUAGCAGAACAAAAUGGAAGGGCUGCGGCAGGGUGGAGGAGACAGCUGCACCACAGGUGGAGGAGGAGAGAGCUUAAAUCCAGGAUCAUCUACAUUGAGGAUCAUCCUGGUAGGGAAAACAGGCAGCGGGAGAAGUGCCACUGGGAACAGCAUCCUCUGCCAGCCCGUCUUUGAGUCCAAGCUGGGGGCCCAGUCGGUGACCAGGAAGUGUCAGAGGGCAACAGGCAUGUGGAAUGGGAGGACCAUCCUGGUGGUGGACACGCCCCCCAUCUUCGAGGCCGGGGCCCAGGAUCAAGAGGUGUAUGAGAAUAUCGGAGCCUGUUACCUGCUGUCGGUGCCAGGGCCCCACGUGCUGCUGCUGGUGACCCAGCUGGGGCGCUUCACCGAGCAGGACGUGAUGGCCGUGACCAGGGUGAAGGAGGUCUUUGGGGUAGGAGCCGAGAGACACAUGGUCAUCUUGUUCACCCACAAGGAAGACUUAGAGGGUGGUUCCUUGGAUGAGUAUGUGGCAAACACAGACAACUUCAGGCUGAGGAGCCUGGUCCGGAAGUGCGGGUCGAGAUACUGCGCCUUCAACAACCGGGCCUCUGGGGACGAGCAGAGAGAGCAGCUGGCCGAGCUGAUGGCCGUGAUCGAGGGGCUGGAGCGGGAGCACCAGGGAGCCUUCCUCACCAAUGAGCUCUUCUUUGAUGCACAGAUUCUCCAGCAGAUGGGGGGUGGCGCCCAUGGAGAAGGUCAGAGGCACUACCUGGAUAAGGUACGGCUGCAGGUUGCAAAGCAAAAGCAAGGCUUGAAAAAGGCUGAGAGAAACUGGGUCUUCAAGACAGUCUUCCGACUCAGAGUCUGGAUCAUUGUGAAUUAUGAGCUUUGUGUUUGUCUUGUUUGGUGCAGUUUACUUUUUCUUCUUAUUCUGCUGAUCAUCCUGUACCAUCUUUAAUUCUGUGUGCUAUCUGUGUGGCAGAGCCAUUUCUCAAAUAUCACCUCAUGGAUUCAUUGUUUAACUCAGAAAUAAAGUCUCCCGGUCUGCCGAGGACAUGGUUUGUUGUCUCUGCAGCUCCCAUGACCCUCUUUCCUUGUAGAUUUCUGGCUUGGUUCAUGCCUCCACUGCUUCCUUGGUGAAGUCAUGUGCUUCAGAGCAAGACAACAACAGAGUUUCAGGGAUGCCUGGCUGGUGUGUGCACCAUCCCAUUUACUUUGCAGUGACCAGCUCAGUCAUGGGCCUGAGACCAAAGUUGGGCCAAUGGGAAGUGAGUAAAAGUCUGCAGAGGUGGGGCCAGGAGGCAUCUCCUUGCCCAGGAGAGACCCCCAUAGAGAGACAGUCUCUUCUUCCUCAGGACACUAUGGCAUCUGAGUGCAAGGCAUGGAAAGACAGCAGCCAUGUGAGGUUGAAGGCAAAAUGUUAGGGUUCACAAGAGGCUCAUGGCAUAUAGUUAAAAUAUGGCCCAUUGUGGUGCCCUGACAAACAAGUGAUGAAGUCACAGUGGCCACAUUGCCUGGGUGGGUGACCUAUUUUCCCUGAAGGCAUUCUCCCGUUUCUCCCUGCUGGUCCCCAUUUCUCAAGACUAUGUGACCCCCCAACUGUGAGACCCCUUCAACUGUGUGACCACAAGACCCCAGCUGCAGGCUAAAGAUAAACUAAGGCCCCUCCCUUCAAGGCUCAAUUGCCCACCAAUAAGUAUAAGAAAGGUUGUCUGUAAAAGGAGGGCACUGGUUUUUCUCUAAAGCCAGUUUCUUUCUUUCUUCCUGUAAUGAAUCUUUUUCUGCCUGAAUGC